ACACACGCACGAGAGCUCGGUGAUCCCUGAGGGCGGCGUUCCGCGAGAUUUUUCCUGCCUGCCGUCGUUGACGAUGGAAUGCGCGAACGAGCAUUUACGGGCCUGCUAGGGACGACGUGACUCCGUGUGCGCGCGACACACACACACACACCCACCCAGUGGUGGCACGUAAAAGGCGCUCUGUGUAUCUAUCUUCAAUUGCACUUUCUGCACUUUCCUCUGUUGCUUCGAGCCGCUCGAACACGCGGUACGCAAACGUCUGUUUCAUUGCGAAUGUAGAAGGUGCAGCCGAGGGACGAACGGGCCUGCACACGUAUGCAUGCGCGUAUGCGUGUAUGCGCUGCGAUGCUGUUGGCUGGCGUGCGUGCAACGAGGUCCAUCUGUUUCAUCGUUGAGAGGAUGCGCGUGUUGUGAUAGUAUCGUCGACUGGAGGCGAGAUUUCGGCGUGAAUUGAAAAUUGCCAUGGACUGCUAGUGAGAGGGAGAAGGAGAAAACGUUUGGCCCGAUCGAGGCGUCUGUCGGAGAAAAGUACACAGAAAGUGCACAGAAAGCUCCCGCAGCGACCGUAGAACUUCAGUGAGUGGCACGUGUGAGUGAUGUGAGUUGUCAGACUCGAGGUAGAUUGCUAACGGUCAAUUCUGUGUUGAUAAAUAAUCGUACCGUGUCGCUCAAUCAUUCGAGUCAAAGCAGCGUGCUGAGGUUGACGAGUAACGAUUCACUGGAGAAAAAUGUAUAAAGACAAAAUGAUACAAUAUGCAGACAUAGGUGGCCAAUACAGAGCAGUUGAAUAUAACAGACUGUUGUGUAUCUCGCUUAGUUGAUGCACGGAAUGCUGUCUUAGACUACAGUCUAGCAUUUUAACUGCAUAUCCUUAGUCUCGCUCUGUCGGAGCGCAUUGUCCGCAUUGUCCGAAAAUAUUCAGUGUUCACAAAAUCACCUUUAAUGAGGCCGAGGGUGCGGCCGGGGAGGCAGACUUUGUUUUGAGGAGGUACAGCGUUCUACAAUUGACUUUAAUGAACAAUGAACCAUUCGGGAAGCGGUAAACGCCAGGCGAAGGUUUUGGAAGAUAAUUUUUGGGACUGCAGUGUCUGCACUUAUAGGAAUACAGCGGAAGCAUUUAAGUGCCUCAUGUGUGACGUCCGCAAGGGAACUUCUACGCGGAAACCCCGCAUAAACCCCCAAUUGGUAGCUCAACAGGUUGCGCAGCAACAAUAUGUGCCACUUUUGAAACCAGGCAAGAAGGAAGGUAGCAGCGGCGGCAGCACAACCAGCGGCGGCAAAGAGAAGGAGCGCAAACUGGACAAACCAAGGCGCAAGAAUAGACACCCGCCGCGUCUCAAAAAUAUCGACCGCAGUACUGCGCAAUCGAACGAAGUGACUGUAAACAAUGUUACCGUUGUUAUCACGGAGUACAAGCCCAAGGUGAAGAAGGGAUCGGACCAGUCGGGCGUGUCCAGCAGCGCUAGCUCCGAGAACGGGAGCCAACACGACUCCAAUCAAGAUUCGAGAAGUCUGGACAUCGGCACUGACGCCUAGCUUAAUGCUAUAUAUAUGUUACAUACGUGUACGAAUUAUUCUAAUUAAUAUAUUGUAUAAUGUAUGUCUCUCAAACCUUUAUGGUACCGCUGUACACAUCCUAUAGGCAAGAGAAGAAAAAAGGAGCCAAGAGCUACCGUUUUGUCUAAUAUGCGUUGCAAAUUGCACAUACACGCGUGUGUAUAUGUGUGUGUGUAUGCACACACACAAACACACAGUCGAUAAACGAGGUCAGACAUUUUAUGCUAUCAUCGGGGUUAUUAUUGAUCGUUCAUAAUUUAACGGAAGGAAAAGGAAAACACGCGCAUAUAUAUAUAUAUAUACAUAUAUAUAUAUAUAUAUAUAAUAUCGUAUUUGUAUUAUAUGUCAUCGUUUUAACUUGUUGCGCAAAUCGUUAGCGAAUCAACUUGCAGCGUGUUUUUGCGCGACGCGACGCGACGACAAAAAAAUUGUACUUAAAGUUGCGCUUAAUUGACGGACAUUUCCACUCGUGAUAUUUAUUUAGAAGAUGUAUUAGUUCGAAUUUAUUUAAAGAAAAAGAAAAACGUCUUCGACGAUACGACGUGGCGGGAUAUAUACUACGUGUUCCCGUCCGAUUCGUCUCAUCCUCACAAUUGAUUUGCCUCUUUCCAUCUACAUUCGGCUCGAAUUAGUCAAUCUUUUUCCCAUCCAUUUACGUUGGAGUUAAAUGCAGACGGAUUUAAUUGUAUAUAUUGGUAUUAUUAUCCGUCGAGAGAGAGAGAGAGAGAGAGAGAGAGAGAGAGAGAGAAAAAGAGAGCGGAACUUCACGAGCCACUGUUGACGUAAAACACCCUCGAUUUUUAUUAAAACUGACGAGACCACUGCCAGAAAACAUGUCAUGAGGCGACGUUAUUGUUCAGCAUUAGUUGACAAGGCUAACGACAUACGACAUGUAUGAAUUGUAUCGAUGAUUUCGCUUAAUUUCAAUAAUUACCAGCGUGACUGGCAUUAGUACGUACAUACGUAUGUACACCUUUUACCCUCAUUCCAUUAUCUCUCACUGUAAGGUGAUUAUAAUUUUUCUCCGAGCAUUAUUGAACCGCUAUCUCGUAGCAGGGAACAUUAUUUCGCGAAUCUCUUCCAAAUAUUGCUCAUCACUUCCGUAUGAUUGAAUCCGUUGACUGAUCACGAACAAACGUGUCCAAAAACGUUCGAUUACGCUCACGACGUUUCUGAAGAUUGUACAGUCGAAUAUCGAUUUUCGAAUAUGUAAUAUAUACGCAUACUUCUUCGUAUGAUACCCGAAAACGAUGUUUCAUCAAAUCUCACCAUCAACGGAUGAAGCGAGCAUUACGUUUGUUGUAGAGUGAAAAUGUAUAAAUCUUAUGUAGAAAGAUCGGAAGGUCCUCGAACAUUAUUAUCUUCUUCAUUUUUCUAAUUGUUCGAGAAAGAUAAACAAAGAGAGAGAGAGAAAGAGAGAGAGAGAGAGAGAGAGAAAUGAAGACAAGGAGAGAGUUCUUGUUAUCGAAUUAAAUUGAUAGUCGAGUUGUUUUAAAUUGCAGUUGCAAGGACCAUAAAUAUAGCUCCAAGAGAGAUCCAUUAUAGCGACUGCAUGAAAUAGGAACGGAGAAGUCAUAAGAUUGUUAAUAUCACACCCGAUGAUUACGCGUCAUCGAGAUCAUUGUAAUACGAUUCCGCAUUAACGAAAUGAAAGUAAAUAGUACUUUUGUCGAUAUCAAAUCGAGCAGAUAAUCGAUAGGUGAAUUGUGUGUAUACUCGUGGAAUAAUAUCACCGAGAGAAACGCAUUGUAAAAAGGACUCUCCCCCAUCCACC